AUGGGCCCCUGUACCGCCUCCUCAUGCUGCUGCCAGGCCCGUAAUCUGUCAUGGGCCCCCGUACCGACUCCUCAUGCUGCUGCCAGGCCCAGUAAUCUGUCAUGGGCCCCUGUACCGCCUCCUCAAUGCUGCUGCCAGGUCCAGAGUGUGUCAUGGGUCCCUGUACGGCCUCCCAUUGCUGCUGUCUCCAUCACGCCACACUCUGCCAUGUGCCACUUUCAGGUCUCCUCACACUGCUGGUGGGUUCCAUUUUUGUCAUAGGGUGCUGUAUGGCCUCCCAUUGCUGCUGCCUCCACCGCCCACACUGUGGCUCCACACUCUGGUUUUGGCCCCGUGACUGCCCAAAUGAGUGAAGUGUGCGGUGAUUCUAAGAUCUACGGCACUCAUCUGCAUGUCAUACUGACUGACAGUAUUAUUUCUCUUCCCCAGCAGACUCCAAGGGCAUUUAAAAUUAAAGGUACAGUGUUCUGCACUAAUAUA